AUGAACUUUUCCUUCUUAUUGUCCUUUGGGGAGCCUCUCCAGAUGUCAUCAGUGGAGUCAGCUGCCCUGUGUCAACCAUCCUCUCUGGGCAGGAGGCAGAACAAAGGAAGAAACCUCUGUGCCAUCCUCAAGAUAAAAUGGAGGGAUUACUGCUUAAAGAGAGGUCUGAACUUGGCCCAUGUUCACUAUUGGAUAGCACGUGAAAGGCUGGUGCAGCCAACGCUGCCGGCCCAGGCUAUUGUAGACACCAGGACGUUUCUGGUCACCAUCCCAGAGCAGUACAUGAGGGACUUCCUGGAGGUUGCAGGUACUCAGCAGAACAACCAGGAUGAGCUGGUUGGUAGAGAACCAGUCACCAAGAAGUGGCUUAUCCUAGCCCUGGUUUGCCUCCAGCUCUCAGAGGGGCUGGUGAGACUGACCUUCAAGAAAGGCAAGACUAUCUGAGAGGUAAUGAAGGAGAAGGGAGUGCUGGUGGAAUAUCUGAAAUACCACAAAAUCGAUCCAGCCAGCAAGUACCGUUUCAAUGAGUACAAUGUUGCUUUUGAACCAAUGGCGUAUAUGGAUGCAUCCUACUAUGGGGAGAUCCAUAUUGGAGCCCCGCCCCAGAACUUCCUGGUCCUCUUCGACACUGGCUCAUCCAACCUGUGGGUCCCAUCUGUGUACUGCCAGAGCCAGGCCUGCAGCAACCAUGGAAGAUUCAACCCCAGCCAGUCCUCCACCUACUCAUCCAAUAGGCAGACCUUCUCCUUGCAGUAUGGCAGUGGCAUUCUCACCAGGUUUUUCGGCUAUGACACCAUGACACUCCAGAACAUUGCCAUCACCAACCAGGAGUUCGGUCUGAGUGAAAACGAGCCUGGCACCAACUUCAUUUAUGCUCAGUUUGACAGCAUUCUGGGUAUGGCUUACCCUAGCCUGGCGAUAGGAGGCACUACUACUGCUUUGCAAUGGAUGCUGCAGGAAAACCUGCUUUCUCAGCCAAUCUUCAGUUUCUAUCUGAGCAGCCAGUCAACCUCUCAAUAUGGUGGGGAUGUCGUUUUUGGAGGAGUAGACAGCAGCCUUUAUUCCAGGCAGAACUACUGGGCUCCCGUCACUUAAGAGCUAUACUGGCAGAUCGGCGUUGAUGAGUUCGCCAUCGGUGGACAGGCAACAGGCUGGUGCAGCCAGGGCUGUCGGGCCAUCGUGGACACAGGAACCUCCCUCCUCACCAUCCCACAGGAGCUCACGAACAGUUUCCUGCAGGAUGUAGGUGCUCAGGAGAAUGAGUAUGGUGAGUAUGUGGUUGACUGCAGCAGUGUCCAGAGCUUGCCCACCAUUUCCUUCACCAUCAAUGGAGUUUCAUUUCCUCUGCGUCCCUCGGCCUACAUCCUCAACAACAAUGGUUACUGCUCCGUUGGGGUUGAGCCCACAUACCUGCCUUUCAAGAAUGGGCAGUCCCCCUGGAUCCUGGGAGAUGUCUUCCUCAGGCAGUACUACUCCUUCUAUGACAUGGGCAACAACAGAAUCUGUUUUGUUGCCGUUGCCUAG